AUGGUUCUAACCGAUGCCGAAGAACUGCGCAGUCCGGUUAUAACGUCUGACAUGUCCUUUUUUGAUUUGGAAUCCAACCACUCAAGUGACUCUGUUCAUUUACUUUGCGAAAAAUAUACCCACAAAUUGCCCAUCGAAAGUGAAUCGCAAACCACCUUCAGACUGGCACCGACAAAGCAAAGAUUAUACAGACAGAGUACUUUAUACGUACCGUUAAGUCUCAAGCAAAGGGUUUUCUUAUUUACUGAACGGGUAAAGAGUAUCUGGGCCGGCUUGCCAAGAUGCAAACCGAAUAAGUAUUUCAAAGUUGCAUUUGCCUUAGCCGUCCUGACACCAUUGGCUAUUUGGAUAUUUUAUAUUGACUUUCGUGUACAUUGA